GGAACUUAGAUUUGGAAGUUUGCCUUUGGAGAGAUCUCUAUCUGCGAGCUCUUCGGAGACUUUCUGAGUCUGGGCUUUUUGUCUGUCAGUCCAAGGGCAACUGAAUGUAUCUCCUUUUCAGAGCCUUUUCCCCUUAGAUUCCUUCAAUUUUUUGUCUGUCUGUUGUCCUUUAUUGUGCCCAUUAAUUUGACUAGGAAUUUAUACAAAUAAGUCACUCAAGAAAGCAAAUUAUCCGGGCGUGUUGGCGCAUGCCUUUAAUCCCAGCACUUGGGAGGCAGAGAUAGGAGGAUCACCGUGAGUUCGAGGCCACCCUGAGCCUCCUAGUGAAUUCCAGGUUGAAGGCUAAGCAUGGGGAAGAGCUGCAAGGUGGUCGUGUGUGGCCAGGCAUCUGUGGGCAAAACCUCAAUCCUGGAGCAGCUCCUGUAUGGGAACCAUGUGGUGGGUUCUGAGAUGAUUGAGACCCAGGAGGACAUCUACGUGGGCUCCAUUGAGACGGACCGGGGAGUGCGGGAGCAGGUGCGGUUCUACGAUACCCGGGGCCUUCGAGAUGGCGCUGAGCUGCCCCGGCACUGCUUCUCCUGCACUGACGGCUACGUCCUGGUCUACAGCACGGAUAGCCGAGAGUCCUUCCAGCGCGUGGAGCUGCUCAAGAAGGAGAUCGAUAAGUCCAAAGAUAAGAAGGAGGUCACCAUCGUGGUCCUUGGCAACAAGUGUGACCUGCAGGAGCAGCGGCGUGUAGACCCAGAUGUGGCUCAACACUGGGCCAAGUCAGAGAAGGUGAAGCUGUGGGAGGUGUCGGUGGCUGAUCGCCGCUCCCUCCUGGAGCCCUUUGUCUACUUGGCCAGCAAGAUGACCCAGCCCCAAAGCAAGUCUGCCUUCCCUCUCAGCCGCAAGAACAAGGGCAGUGGCUCCAUGGAUGGCUGAAGAACUGCCCUUCAUCUAACUCCCUUCCUUGUUCCAGCUUAGGGGUCCCUGGAGGAUUGGGUUGAGAGCAAGGGGUGCAUAGGCAAGCUGUCCUUCCCAGUGAUUAGGGCGGCUCCCCUGUAGGCCAGGCAGCUGGGCUGACCCAGGCCACCGUCACUCUUGUUCCCUCUCAACUCUCAAGAAGUUCAAAGACUCUUGAUUGCUGCCCUUCCCCACAGCCUCCCAUAAUACUCCCCAUCUUACCCCACCUUACAUAUUAUCUGCACUGUCACCUAGAGCAUCUAUGGGUCAGUGUCCCUUCCCUCUGCCUGGAGCAGAAAGUAGAACUGGCAUUCUGAAGCGCCCAGCCCAGGGUGUGCUUCCUACUAUAGGGCUCCCAACUCUGACCAUCCUGCUGGUCACACACUUGUGGCACCAGCCUGGGCUUGAGAAAAGACAACCAGGUAUUGUGAGUGCAGUGUGUGCUUGCUGGCCUUAAGGUCAGCUCCCCACCCUGACCUUCCUUUGAAAAGCCAGCCUCCUGGGAAUGGCCUUUUCUGUUUGAACUCCACCCUUCUCCCAACUGUUUUGCUUCCUCUUCCUGCUCUGGGAGCAGGUGGGCCUCACUGAUUGAGGUGGAGUGGAAUGAUGAUGGGCUGAGUCACCAGCUGACUUUGUGACCAGCAAGGCCAUUCCCCUCUGAGUGUCGGUUUUCUCAUCUGUAAAUUUACAAGAGUUGCUCAGAAGAUGUAGAUCCUUUGCAGCUCUGAUUUUCUGAAGUCCAUGGCUUAAAUAGCUUGUGGCUGUCCUCCCUGUUUUUCCCUCUUCAAGGUGCUAUGCCUACCAGCCCUGGAGGCUGGGCAUGCCUCUCCUCCCAGCCUCCUGGGGGCAGGAGUGCACUCCGUUCUCAGUGGCUGCAGUUGCCUUGCUCAGUGAGCAGCUGUGGACCUGGUCUCCAUCCCUCCCUCUGGUUGUUUUAAUGGCUAAUAGCUGGACUUAUGUUUAAAUUAUCCGUAUUUAUAUACCUGCUGCCCUGGUGGAGGCGGAACAAGGUGCUUCUCCAGCCCUUUUUUACCUCAGAUGCCUGCACAGAACCAAGUACACCAAUAGCUGCUUCCUAGGAGCAGACAGGCCUCAGAAAGGUGGGGUACCCAGGCACAAAUGCCACCAAGUGAGCUUAUAACCUACAACUUCUCUAACGUGCACACCUAGCAUGGGUGAGACACUACAGCCAGACCAGCCCCGCGACCCACCCUUACUCCCCAGAGCCGGUGAGCGGUGGCGGGCACCGAGGGCUGGGCAGGGAGAGUCAGGGCGCUACACAGCUCCAGCUCAAAGUUCAUUUAUUGAUGUGUUGAACACAAUAAAACCACAACUGCUGUUAUCACAAAA